GGUAUUAGAGAAACCCCGCGACGGUCACACUGCUGUUUGCGGAACUCUGUUAAUUGUUAAUAACAAUUAAUUUAAAGCAUUUGUUCAAUCGGCAGAGCCAACCUAUCUCAGUGCCUUUGGAUCCGGAUGCAAAGAUGCGGAUGCGGUGAUAGUUGCAUCCAGCUGACAGCAUGCACACCCACACGAACGACACGGCGGCGAUUUCAAAUGGACAUGGACUGGUCGGUGGCAAUAGCGUUGGCACUAGCGCUGGCGGCAGCGUAGGCGCUGGAGGAGGAAGAGGAGGCGUGGGAGCAGGUGGCAGCACGGAGGGCAAGAUCCGGUGCAUUUUCCUAAGCGAAUUUGACGCCACAGCGGGCUGCAAAAUAAGCUGCCAGGUGCCCGACAACUACAUUUCCAAGGACGUGUUCGAUGCCAUCAACGUGUACAUCAUACCCAAGCAGCACCUGCAGCGCUGCAUCCUCACCGUAAACGCCAUGGACGUGAAGAUUGUCGGCUACCCGGUGGGCAUUCAGGAUCAGCAAAAGUACGUUCGCAACGCCUUCCUCUUCAAUCUCUGCUUCGUCUGCGACUCGCGCGCCCGCAGCGUUCAGUACGAGCCGGUGGUGAAGAAGCUAUCGGAGUACCUCAUCAUGAUGGAGGAGGAGUCGUGCUUCCUGUCGCGCGAGGACGACAAGCGACGCCUGCAGAACAUCUUUGAGACGGUGCUGCGCGACCUGAACGAACGCAAGGUGGCGACCAUUGUCGAGGGCGACAAUACCAUCCAUUUGAAAAUAGUCAUGCACAAGCCGGAUCCGCCGCCGGUCAAGGAUCACAUGGUGCCGCUGCUGCUGGCCAAUCUGAGGGACGCACCGCUGGACAAUUGGGAUCUGACCACGCAACAGAUCCUGCCUUAUAUAAACGGAAUCAAUCACGUUGCACGGAUUGCCGCGGAAGCGGACGUGGAAACCGAUCUGGUCAAGUCGUGCAUACAGAAUCUGGUCUACUAUGGCGUCGUCCAGCUGCUGCCGAUCCUCAAGUACAGCAACGUGUACAUGACCCAGAAUCUGAAGCAUCUCAUCCAGAGCUCAGCGCUGAGCGGAGCGUGUCGUAAAUAUGUGGCCCUGCGGCCGGACAAGACACUACCCAGCGUCCAGCGCAUCUUCCAGUUCUACGCCUCAAUGACGCACGGCGUCACCCUGCGGGCCAUCUGCCAGCGCCUCUCGCCGCACCAAAACAACAUCGACGAACGUCGGAUGGUGAUCUUUGGGCUGCAGCACCGCUUCAUUCGCUGCAUUCACAAGUAUCCGGUUUUCACGGGAUCAGUGCCUUCCGGGCGUCAGAAGAUGUACACCGGUCUGAUCAGCUUCGACGAGAUCUGCUGCAAGACCGGCCUCUCGCCCAGCACCAUUGAGCGGGACAUUGAGAAGGAUACGAAUGUGACUGUGAUCUGGAAGUGACCCCGACCGGUCUUGUUGUAGUUUGUAGCGAUUGUUAUGUUUCCAAAAUCAUAUAUAUAUAUUUUUUUUUCUAAUAUACGCAUACUUAUAUAUACA